AAUAAUAACUCUGAGGGGUCGAUCUCUUCUUGGAUCGUACUACCGCCUAAAAACGCCACGGGAACGAUCUGAUCGAUAAUGCCUCGUGAAGCUGAGGGGCUGAUCUAUUCUUGGGUCGUGUCUGUCCUUUGGACGCCGAGGGGACGACCUCUUCUUGGAUCGUACAACCUUCUAAUAACGCCAAGGAAAUGACGUGAUCGGUAAUACCUCAUACAGUGGCUUGACAAACUUCGCAUAAAGAAGCUUUCUUUCUCUUCAACAUUAGCUAGUGAAGGGACGACCAUUCUUUUGGCUCGUGAUUUUCUUCACUGCUACGAUGUCUGGGGAAGAUUUGCAUUCUCUCCUUGCAUAUGAAAUUGCCACUAACUGAAAAGGGACGAAAGAACCAUAGGGAUCAGCAACUUGUAACUAAUAUGUCUCGAAUGGGAUGCUAGGAAAAGAAAUUCCCUUUCUCGACUGCGGCUUAUAAUCAAACGGGUUGCUAUUUGGAUUCAUCCAUUCUCCUAACCCCACGAAAACAGAGUAACCAUAAGUAAUUUUCACUUGAUGUGGGCUAAAGAAUGCAAGCACAAAAACUUAUUGGAGAGCCCAUAAAAGUCCAUCCAAAAUAUGGUUGGGCGAGCUCAUAAGGCCCAAUUAUGGCUAGAUAGGGAUUGAGGGAGGCCCAAACAAAAUUGGGAAACCAUAGCAUGGGCCGGAAUUGAAACCACCGCUGAUCCCUUUUCCAUCUCGACUCGUGCUCCCCCGUUAGCUUUCCCUUCUCUCUCUUCUUUCAUCAGCCGAAGAAACGAGCUGGCGACAGGAUAUGGGGGGCAACUCCAACCUCUAGUCGGAGAUGACGACGAGCUGCGAUGGCGACCCGGCGAUGCGGCAACGGAGAGACGCAGGGCGAGGCAGGCAUCGACGACAAGGGCAUCGAGGCCUUGACUAGGCAACAGCGGCAUCUGAGGAGUGGAUCUGUUACAUCCACCGCCUCGAUCUUGUAGAUCGCCUCAACUCUCUUCGGUGACGGCGACCAGUGAUGGUGAAGGAUCCGCCGGAUCUGUGCGACAAAAGACACGACGAAACUUAUGGUGCCGGUGACUGUGAUGACGCGGCGAAUAUCUUUGCUGAUGUGGCAGCACAUCAACGGGGAUGACGAAGACCGAAUGACAAUACCGGCAACUUGAGAGCUGGCUGGUGGCUGGGCACGACGAUUUGACACUGCGGCGGUAACUGGUGUGAGGAUCAUAGUGACGGCGGCAAAAUGAAUUGGAGCCGCGGCUGCUUGUGCUGUGGUGGGCGAUACUUUGCCUACUGUGAGCAUCUCCAAAGUUCAUAAGUGAGCUUGAUGAUGGAGAUGGCGAGACAAGUGCCGAUUUAUUAAAUGGCUCCUGAAAGAUGCAGCAACAGUGGCUAGUAUUGGAGUGGGGAUGCCAAGGGAGAAAGACUCUCUCAUGACAAUAGAUGGCGGAAGCAUGAGAUUGAAGAGGAGCCUGGAGAUUGCUCACUCAUGACUGACUGGAAAUUGACGAACAUUCUUGUUGACUGGAAAUUGAAGACGAAAGAUGAAGAUUUGAAAGAAAGGAAGAAGAACAACCAUAAAAGCUGUAAAGAUAAGAGCUGUUGUUUAGUUGUUGGAGCAGAGCAUGAGUGAGGUAUGGACGAUGGCAUUGGCAGCUGUUGUCUGGAGUGCAGCUGGAGCACAUGGGAGUUAUGGGUGGCUGCUGGACAAUAUGGGUGACUGCAAGUUUGAUGGAGGUAGACCAUUGAUGAAGGCUGAAGUUGGUUUACAGUUGGAAACCAUCAAUGCAUUAAUGGUUUCCUACAAUUAUCGAGCCAGGUUGCUGGUCCUGCUAAAUGUAAUGAAACUACUCAGAACCCCGACUCAUUGCCAAGUGUGCAACUAGCUUCAAGAAACUUGAGGGCAGAACUUUCCACAGUGACCAGCAAUUUGAAAUCCCUUGCAGUCAGUAGUGGCACUUCCUUACUACUGCAACAACGAAGGGAGAAAAUGGUGUGGCCUUGAACUCCUGCCUUUAGCCGUGAACUUGCGUUUUUUUCACCUCUUCUCCCCGUUUUCGAUCCUUUUUGCCAAUCCUUCGACUCCGAGGCUGGUUCCACCUGUUAAAUCCGGAAAAUCACUCAAACACGAAGAACCUCGCGUAAAACCAACCUCUAAUGAGCGAAUUUUGCAC